AUGCGGAAUUUUGGCAUCGCGAGAACGGGAGCUCCUAUCAGAAAUUCGUUGCGCCGCCCUUGGGGGCAAAAAACGGUGAAAGGGCUUAAGACGAUCACAAUGGCUAAAUGUGUGAACGCACUGGAAGGCUUCACGCUCAGAGAUCUUCUGUCCGAAAAUGGACUUACAUUGGAGAUUAAUGAAGAUUAUUAUCAAGGGGAAGACGUUGAUGAGUACGAUUUCAAGAAUGGAGUGAGGUUAGGUAAUGAAGAAAUGCUUAGAAUUUUGAACAUGGAUGACUUUGGCGGGGAAGUGGAGCUUGACGAAAACAGUGAAGCAGAAGUCGUCAUGCCUUAUGACUUAAAUUUUGAGGAUCUUAAAACUAAAAUGACAGAUAUUACAAAAACUGGGCAGGUUUUGAAGCUGGUCAAGAAAGAAGGUGUCGGAGAAACCAUGCCUUAUAAUUCACAAGUGACGGUACAUUACAUAGGAUAUUUAGAGCAUCAAGAUGAUCCAUUUGAUUCGACAUAUAUUCGAGGCAAACCAGCAGUACUUCGUUUGAAUGAAGGACAGCUCUUACCAGGCUUGGAGAUUGCCAUUGCAAGCAUGAAAAAACAUGAAACGUCCCUUUUUCUUAUUCAACCUAGUUUAGCAUAUAUGGAACUGGGAUGUAUGCCUCUUGUACCACCAAACUCGGAAGUUUUGUUUGCCAUUAAGCUGCUUGACUAUCUUGACAAUGGUUCAGCCGAUACUGCAGAGAAUUUAAAUAUUGAGGAAGGGCGUACAUUUUCUAAGAUCAUUAAACGAGUACAAGAUCUACUCGUUAUUGCUAAGGAUAACUUUGGAAGACGGAAGUACAGGCAGGCGAUAAGAGAGUACAAGAAAGCAGCAAAUUGGCUGGAAGAUGCGCAAUUAGAGAACGAAGAAGAAGAACGAGAAAUGAAGAAAGUGCUUACAAGGGUGUAUGGAAAUCUUGCAGUUUGUUAUAAUAUAGAGAACAUGCCCCGUCAAGCUUGUUCAGCUUGCAACAGAGUUCCUUUCAAAACCGCCAAGACCUAUUUCAAUCAUGGAAGGGCACUGCUACUAAUGGGAGAGUUUACAGAUGCAAUGAAACAAUUGCAAAUCGCUCACAAAAUGGAACCAAGUAACAAAGAAACAAUUAAGGAGAUUAAAGUGACUAAUGAAAAGCAGAAGAAAUAUUUGGAUAUGGAGAAACGUUUAUGGUCAAAUUGCUUGAAGAACUCCAAGGAAAACACGGUCACUGAUGGGUUCAGUAAAAUUGCCAAAGAAUUUUGUGACGCGUUUGCUAAUGAUUCCAGUCUCUUGAGACAACCAUUACCGGAAGGAUUAACUCCUUCGGAGGAAUCAUGCAUGCGAGAACAAGCUGCAUUAGCUGGUCUAUCGGUUACGCUGCACACAAGAUAUGGCAAGGAAGUCGUAUACUUAAGUAAACCACAGUAUUAAAAAAAAUAGAGUUAACUAAGUAAAUCAGCGGAAAGAAAGAUAUGUUAAUGUAACUUUUAUUACAAGGAAUGCAUUUAUUGUUGCACAAGUCAAGUAUGUCUAAGAUAAAUUACGAAGAUAUAUAUUUGUUUGUAAUAAAAAUACCAAAACUUACGUUACAUAGGAAACAUUAAAGAUAAGUUAUGUUAGUUUACUUCACAAAGUGUACAAGUAUGCAUUUAUUUCCGCGUAAGCUGGACAAUUGCAAAAUACACGAAGUUACGAACACGUUUUUUAAAAUAAAGAUAGAGCUUUUA